UGGAUCCUUACAGUAUUUAACAUCAGACACGUAGUGUGCCCAUUCAGAGUUAAUACACUUAAACAAAGUGUACCUAGUGAAACAAGAAAAAAAAUAAUAUAUAAAUUAUUGUCUUUUAUAUAUAAUAAAUUAAUUGUUAAAUGUUACGUGUUUUUUUAUAAUAAAAAUAUACUAAAUUAUAAAAAUAAUAAAAAAAAACAUAAUUAAUAAUGUCUCAGGAUUAUUCAUACGCAUGUCAAAGAGCUGAAUUACUUGGUGUUGCUCCACCAAGUGAAGAAGAAUGGAAAGAAUCACAAAAAAAUAUUGGGGUUGAUAAUGAUGAUGAAGAAAUUAUCAAGGACACUGCUCUCGAGGAUGUGGAUCAAUCUGGGGAAACAAUGACUCGAAUUGGUGGUGGUCUUGAAGAGCUAAACAGCAUUUUAAAUGCAACGCAAAAAAAAAUCAACAGGUUCAAGACUGUAUGUGGUAGCAUUGGAUCAUUGUUAAAAGUACGUGUUAAUUCACGUAGCAAUACACCAGAUCAUAAACCACUUGCUCAAGAUGCUGAUCAAUCAGAAAAAAUUAAAAAUGAAGAAGAUGAAAUAUUGACAAUUGAAACAUCAAAUAAUACUGAUAAUGCUGGUGGUAGUGUUGUUGAUGAUUUAUCAACAAAUAAAAAAAUUGAUUUAAAUGAAAAAAUGGGAUCGCAUUUGGAUAAAUUGGAUUCAUUGAUAAGCAAAGCUGAGCAUGCCCAGUACAGCAUGCAACAUCAAACAAAACAGAUGAAAACAAUUUUAAAUAAGUGAGCGUUUUAAUAAUCUUAUUCCCAUAUCAAUAUGAUUAUUCUAUUAAUUAUAAUGACAAAUAUAUACACACUUAUUGAAACAUAUUAUACCUGAAAUGGAAUUGCAAAUUAACAAUAUAAUAUAUCUAUUUUCCGUCUAUAUCUGCUAAAGAAAAAUUUUAAAUCAAUUAUAUAUAUUUCUGCUAAAAAUUGUAUUUAAUAUAUUUAUUAUUAGUUUAGCUUUUAUUAAUUAUAAACAAAUUCUCAAUAUUAUACUAAUGUUACUAACUAUUUCUUGAUAAUUUUUUUUUAUUUUUUAUUAUUCAAUGACACUCUUUGUCAUGAAUAUAUUUGUAAAUUAUAAUUGACUGAUUUUUUUUGAAACUUGAGGUGUGCUUUUUUUCAUGCCUCUAUUGUUGUUAAUGUUUUUUUUUAGUUUAGGCUUGCUUAGAUGAUAUAUAGCUUCCGUCUUGAAAUAUUUUUAAAAAAUAUACACACAGGUAGAUUAUUAAAUUGAAAAAAAAAAAAAACGAUUUCGCUUCAACGAACAUAAAAUUAUAGUGAUAAAAAAAUUAUUUAUGUUUAUAUUUAUUAUAAAUAUAUAUUGUUGAAUGAUAUAAUUUUUAAAUGAUAAUGAUAUUUUUAUUUAUGAAAAAUUUAUAAAUAUGUAACUGAUGUUACUGAUUACGCUUGUCCAAAAAAUUGUUGUUUUUAUACAUGUAUUACAUAAUGUUAAUGAAAAAAUUAAAUCAUAUUUUAAUUUUUUUGUCGUUAAAAAAAUAUUAUGUAUUCUACAAAUUAAUUAUUCAUUGCUUUGUUUCUGCAUGAAAAAAAAAUAAAUAUCGUUAAAAUAUAUAAUUGUUUACACAUUUUUUUUUUGUUCAUUAUAAAAUUUAUUCACCGCAAAAAAUACCAAGGCAAAUGAUUGUUUGUUAAGUCAUCAUUGUGGUCAACAUUAUUAUUUAUUUUUUUUUAAAUUAAUUGUUUUUUUUUUUUUAUUUUAGUUUAAUUAAUAAAUCAACUCAAAAAAUAAUAACUUAAUAAUUUUUAUAUUCUACAUUAUGCCUAUAAGCCAAGAAACCAUGAAAAAAAAAAAUUAAAAAAACCAAAAGUAUUAGUAAUUAAC